AUGGCUUCUAUGCUCAUUUCAUUAGCACAUUUCUGUGAUAAACAUGGUCCCAGGGUGUUGAUAGUAACUCAGGCUGGUUUUCCAGGUUCAACGGGCGAUGAGCUGUUGGUUCCUAGUUAUCCAACGGACUCCUACUGUGAAUCUUGCUCCUUGUACUUCCCAAGUGGCUUGAAAGAUGGGAUAAGAUCGAUGAAAAGUAACAUCGAUGAUAGAUGCUAUGUAUCUACCCAGUAUUCUUCAAUACGGUAUCAGUUGCUAACGCUGAUCAUUAGGAGGUGCUUCUCCGAAGAAACCAUGAUUUACGAUGGUACUCCUCUGGUAUUUUAUGACGACUUACGUGGGUUGAAUCUAGUGAUUGGAUUCAAGCUGGCUGACGAAAAUGCUCGAGGUAAUGAGAGAAGGUAUUGCAUGAUCUUUACGAUUGAUUCUAAAGAUCACGAAUCGUCGAUGAAACUAAUAUCCCAGAACUGGAAUUUCAUCACGAACGGAUUUGGCAAGAUGAUCUCAUAUAUACAGUCAACUCACGAGCAAGAGCUUAAAAGGCAAACUACACUGAAGAAUGAAAAAUGUUCCUUUGGAUUAAUGGGAGGAUCGUAUCUGAGGGGAAACAAAAUUAAGAUACCACGACGGCUGUCAGAUCUGGCCAGCGACAAUCUUCUAUUCGUGAGAAUACAUCGCUGGAACUCAUUUCUUCUAAACUCAUGCUACAAGAUAUAUGACUGA